AUGUUCACAGGCAGGCGAGGCGAGGGGGACACGGCAGCACGACACAACAAGUCAACACAACAACAAAGCGCUCCACCAAUGGAGUACGAUCAAAAUGCACGAGCACCCCAUCACAACGGCGGCACGGGGCGAAAGACGUUCAAGCAGGGGACGUUGCCCCCAGUCGAGGACCAGGUCACCGACGCCCUCUCAGUCACUGACCCACUGACUCACUGGCUCACUGACCCCGGAUGCCGUUACUUACACACACAGUCAGACGAUCAGAAAAGCGUUGUGAACAACAGUUACGCGAAUCAGCAGCAGCAAUUACUAAGCCAAGUGCAACAUAAAACCAGCAUCAAGUGCAACAACUUUAUCUACCUCUACAAAUGCUUUAACAACAUUAACACAGAAAGCCGAGGCAAUCCCUUUUCCGAACCCAGCCUCUCCCUCGAAAAUGGCAAGAAUCCAUACAAACCGGAAAAAAUGGAAAAGACGGUCGAGGUCGAGACUGCCUCCAGUGGCCAAUCAGAUGGCAUCAAGCUGUACUGGUGCCCAAAGACGCGCGCCGUGCGCAUGGCCUGGAUGCUGGAGGAGCUGGGCCAGCCGUAUGAGCGCAUUAAGAUUGACAUCCGCGACGAGACCAGUCAGAGCCGCAACGACCGAGCCUUUCGGGAGGCCUCACCCAUGGGCAAGGUGCCGGCGCUGCGGCACGGUCCCAUCAAGCUGUGGGACUCGGGUGCCAUGUGCUUGUAUCUGGCAGACGCCUUUCCCGAGGCCGGCUUGGCCGUGGCUCCCUCCGAUCCGCGCCGUGGCCAGUAUUUGCAGUGGACCUUGUUCACCAAUUCCGUGCUCGAGCCCGCCAUGACGGAGCGGAUCGCGGGCAUGGAGCCACACCCUUCGAGCCACGGUCACGGCAGCUUUGAUCAAAUGAUCACCACCCUUGAGCAGGCUUUGCAGCAGGGUCCUUGGCUCUUGGGUGAGCAGUUCACAUCUGCCGAUGUCCUGGUCGGCACGGGCAUCUCCUUUAUGAUCCAAUUUGGCGUUCUCAAGGAGCCUUCCACUGUUCUGACCGACUAUGUGGCGCGUUGUUCAGCCCGCCCUGCCUGCCAACGUGCCCAUGCCUUUGAGUCGGAGUGAUCAGGAUGACUCGGGCACGUCUUUGUUCGUUCAUCACUGCUCGCCACUUUUUGCUGAUGCUGUCUAGCUCUACUUGCUGGGGACUGACCCCCCCAAAAGAAAAGAAAAGAAAAAAAAAGCCUAGAUAAAUAAACCAGGUGAAAGCCUUUGGUAGAUUCUGUGUGCGAGUUUGAGUCUGGUUCCGAGUGAA